AUGGCUACUGGUGGUGAUGCUGAGAGCUUGGUGCCCGAAGCCUUAAGAGUGCUAUCGUUGACGGACUUGAUUAAUCUUAUUAGGGCGACAACCAGUAAUAAAAACGAUAGCAUCUCGAGCAGCGAGUGGUUGGCGACGAUACCGAUAUUCGACGGGUCGUCUGAGCAAUGCAUCGAGGCGUGGUUUGAACGGGUUGAGGUUGAGACCGUCCGGGAUGCAUACGAGGUGCCUAAGAAAAAGAUGGCGGUGCUGAUAACAUCGAAGCUGUCGGGGCGGGCGAGGCGAUUAUAUGACAGCAAGGCAGAGUAUGCGACAUAUUCAUACGACGAGCUGAAGAGGGUGCUAACAGCGUUUUUCAAAAAUGGAGAAGACAGGAUGACUAGAAUGAAGCGCUUUGAGUCUCGGAGGUGGCGAAAACAGGAACCGUUUAGCGCAUACUUUCAGGAGAAGAUGGCGCUAGGGAAUAGGUUGGGUUUUAUGGAGUCCGAUCUACUGGCUUAUAUGAUAGACGGCUUCGACAACCCGCCACUCCAGGCUCAAGCCAAGAUGAGCCAAUUUAAGGAUUUAGCAACUCUGCUAGGUGUAAUGAAUGAGUUGACAGCGGAGGAACGCGGAUGCAAUAUGAUGCCGCCUACGAGGGUACAGCCAACAGUGUUUCCUAGAGUGGAAACACAAGGCACAUAUCCUACGGUGAGGUGUUUUAAUUGUGGCGGAGUGGGACAUAUGGCGUCCAGGUGCAUCAAACCGAAGAACGAUGGAGUGGCGUGCUACGACUGUGGCUCAAAGGAGCAUCAGCAGAGAUUCUGCAAAAAUGUCCGGAGUACGGCGCAGGUGGCACCUGACAGCACUACAUUUCGAGUUAACGAAAUAUUGGCGAUUGAUGGUGAGAUUACCACAGACGGAGCGAAUAUAAGUAUAUCAGAUGAAAAUGACUACGAAGUAGAAGACCUGGAGAGUGAAAAACCGGAGGAACCAGAGACUGCAUUCGAAAUGCAUGACUAUGGAGUGAUAGCGACAGCAGAAGAUCUGGUAGAAAAGGAAUAUUUGGAGAGUGAAAAGCCGGAAGAAACAGAUACUGCAUUCGAAAUGCAUGGCUAUGGAGCGAUAGCGACGGCAGAAGAUUUGGAGACUGAAAAAACGGAGGAGCCAGAGACUGCAUUUGAAAUGCAUGGCUAUGGGGUGGUCGCGACAGUAGGAGAUCUGGUAAGAGAGGAAUAUUUGGAGACUGAAAAACGGGUGGUGCGCGAUUCUUACCCCAGCCCAAGAAUAGAUGAUUGCUUGGACUCACCGAAGUCUAAGAGGUAUUUUACGAAGCUAGAUCUGGAGAACGCUUUCUUUCAUGUGGUGGUGGCUGAGACUAGUAGAAAAUACACUAGCUUGGGGUGUGCACAGGGAGAAUAUGAAUACAACCAUUUAGAUUACUGUUGUAUUAGAUCUCAUCAGUCGGGGACGCCUGUGAGGUCAGGAUUGGCCGAACUAUAA